UAGGCGGAAAGUUUUGCUGGAAAUAUAUGGAAUACACAAACUUCUAGGAAAAUAUGGAAUUUCCGAACUUCCAGGAAUAUUUUUUUCCAGGAAUUUUCCAAGACUAUAUCACUUACCUAUAAUCGAAUAUAUGUCCAGCCAACCAAAUUUCAACGAACACUAUAAGAAUUUGCUUGAUCAGUUACCCCCAUCCAUGAAAAAGGAUGUAUGGUUACGCCUUACAAACCGCAAAAAUAGACCAUUAUCUGAGGAGCAGGUUAGGGGUAUCCAUCCGGACAUUGAGGAGUUGCUUACUAGGGAGGUUAAUAGAUACUUUAAUAAAAAAAAUCGCCAGAAGAUUAAGAUUGAAGCAAAUACCUCUUCCGAUGGUUCUAGUACAUUAUCCCGGCUGGAUGGAUUUGAGAAACAGUUAGAGGAACGUGAGCUUUGUGUACAGCAACGGGAAAAUAAUAUUAAGAAAACUAUUGAUGCUCAGGUUGCUGAGGAACGCAAACGUCUAAAAGAUGAAUAUGAUGCUCUUAAGUCUCGUCUGGAGAGUGAAUAUAAUAAUUGUAUGCUAGAAGAGCAACAGAAAUCUAGCUCGGCUGACUUGGAGAGGCAAUACAAAUCUUGUAUCUCCACUUUGGAUAAAGCUAAUGCUGUAAAAGAUAAGGAGAUUGGCAGGUUAUCAGCAUCCCUAUCCCGAUAUAAGAAUGAAAUAAAGGAUCUUAAACAUGUCCUUUCUUCGGUUAAAAAAACUAUCAAGACAUUGGAUGAUAUUAUCUAUUCUAAAGACCAAACAAUUAUUGCCUAUUAUGAUGGAAUCUGUUCUAUCAAUCCUGACUGUAUAGAUAAUACUAUAGAGCCAACUAUCUUUUAUGAAAAAGAAGCCAAAGUAUUGUGGACUAGAUGGCAUGAUGACGCUAAAGAUGAUCUAAACAUCCGAAAAAAAUAUACUUUUCGAACUCUUGUCUAG